GCAGGAGCCGUCUCUAGGCAGCGGGGGGGGGAAAUGGCGGACUCUUUGAGUGUUGGGAUCAAUCUUGAUGCUUUUGCUCACGCGAUUAACGCCAUCCAACAACUUCGCUCCAGUGUUACCCGCGUUUUUGAUACGCUCAAGGAUGGGAUGAAGAACAAAGAGACUUUGGAAGGCAGGGAGAAAGCAUUCAUCAGUGACUUUCAGGACAACCUGCAUGCUGUCAACAGGGAUCUGAAUGAGUUGGAACGUUUGAGUAACUUGGUGGGACGACCAUCGGAGAGUCAUCCACUCCAUAACAGUGGCUUGUUGAGUCUUGAUCCAGUGCAGGAUAAAACUCCCCUCUACAGCCAACUUUUGCAGGCCUACAAAUGGUCUAACAAGCUCCAAUAUCAUGCAGGUCUAGCUUCCAGUCUGUUAAACCAACAGUCCCUGAAGCGAACGGCUAUGCAGAUGGGUGUAUCUGCAAAACGUAGGCCAAAGGUUCAACCUACCACACUUGCUCUACCACCUCAAUACGUAGAUGAUGUUAUUGCACGUAUUGACAGAAUGUUUCCUGACAUGUCCCUUCACUUAUCCAGACCAAAUGGUUCCUCUGCAGUGCUGCUGGUUACACUUGGAAAAGUAUUAAAGGCAAUUGUUGUAAUGAGGAGUCUCUUCAUUGAUCGGACGAUCGUUAAAGCUUACAAUGAAAACGUCUACACGGAAGAUGGGAAGCUGGACAUUUGGUCCAAGUCCAAUUACCAAGUCUUUCAGAAGGUGACAGAUCAUGCCACAACAGCACUGCUGCAUUACCAGCUGCCUCAGAUGCCAGAUGUGGUGGUCAGAUCUUUCAUGACCUGGUUGCGAAGUUACAUUAAGCUAUUCCAGGCUACGUGUCAGCGGUGUGGAAAAUUUCUUCAGGAUGGAUUGCCUCCCACGUGGAGAGACUUUCGCACGCUAGAGGCCUUUCACGAUACUUGCAGGCAGUAACGUUCAACUCCUAGUCUAGUUAUUAAGGAUCAUAUCGGGAAAUUGUGGCAUUUACAGCACAGGAAAUGAAGGACAGUCAGUCAACAAGCCUAGUUUAAAUGAAUUCCUGAGGGUAGAAUGAUUCCUCCAACAUCUUUCUAUUCAGGCAAAAGUAUUUUAUUAUAAAAUACAUCAAAAUUAUAGAAACAGUGGGACAUUCAGAUAAGGUAUGUAAAUGAUUAGAUUUAACAUUUUUAUGGGUACAUUUUAAAUCAUGGUUUUCAUGUGUGCAUUAAGACUUUUUGAAUGCAUUUUGUUUUUUUCUGUUCCCACAUUCACAUCACGUUCCUUUAUUUGAGAGAAGGGUCAAGCUGUCUUACCAGUAUUCUUGGCUGUCUCGGUGUAAGCACUGAUCAAAUAAGAAAUUCAUAAAGCUCCCAUUUAAAUGUCCAAUCAUUAAUGUUUACAGCAACAUGUUGCCUAGGGUUGUGUCCUCUUGUUCUUUUUUACUUUGCUUUUUGUCACAAACGCUUGGGUCAGAUCUUGUUCUCACAUCUCACCAUGAAAUUGAAAUUCACUUCACUUCUCUGUAGUAUUUUUAUUUCAUCAGCUAAACUAAUUAUAAUAUAUACCAUUCUGGAGAUUGCAGCCUUGUCUGUUGCAAAACUCAAGUUAACAUCUCAUCCUCAACUUCAAUUUCAACACUCCUAUUAAAGAAAUUUGAGGGAGGGGAGAACAAAACUGAGAAAUAGAUGAAAUCUGAUCAGAUGUUCCUGUGGAACAACAACCUUUCUUCAUUUGCAUUUCAUAAUUAGGUUGUUAAAUCUUAACAUUUAUUGGUUCAAACAAAAAGGUGAAGCAGCUCUUAUUAGGAAACAAUAACACCAUUUCCCUCUCCACCAAUCUUUCUUUGUGAUAGGGAAUGUGUGUUUUUAAAGGUAGAGGUGAUUAAAUAAUCCAAUGGACAGUUGAUAGAUGAUGAAUAAAGAAUAACUGUUUGUUUAUUCAAAUGCUAUUUUUGUAAUUAAAAUUCCUUACAUUUUGGUUCUGAGAUGAAAUGUUUGAUUUUAUUGACAUUUUGAACAUCAAUACCAGUGGGUGCAAAUAAAUCACAAAAA